AUGGCCACCACGCAGAACAUCUACGACACGCCGGAAUUCUUCGAGGCCUACGCGGCUCUGCCCCGCCAGGUCCACGGCCUGUCCUCCGCCCCGGAGUGGCCCGCGCUGCGGCGCCUCCUCCCGGCGGGCCUGCGCGGCGCGGACGUGCUCGACCUGGGCUGCGGCUUCGGCUGGCACAGCCGGUGGUUCACGGCGGAAGGGGGAGCGACCAGCGCGCGCGGGGUGGACAUCUCGGAGCAGAUGCUGGCGCGGGCGCGCGAGAUGACGCCCGGCAUUGGCGCGGAGGGGGCGGAUGGGGCGGAUGGCACCCGCAGCGCCACCAGUGCCAUCACGUUCGACCGCGCGGACCUGGAGUCCGUGGAGCUUCCCGCCGGCGCCUACGACGUCGUCUUCAGCGCGCUGGCUCUGCACUACGUGUCCGGGCUGGAGCGGCUGCUGGCCCAGGUCCACGCCGCGCUGCGGCCCAGCGGCACGCUGGUGUUUUCCGUCGAGCACCCGCUGCUCACGGCGCCGAUGCGGCAGGGGUUCAUCACGGACGCCGAGGGAAUCAGGUACUGGCCGCUGGACAACUACCACGACGAGGGCGAGCGCGUGCCGACGUGGCCGGGGUCCAGCGUGAAGAAGCAGCACCGGUCCACGGCGACGUAUGUCAACCUGCUGCUGGCGGCCGGGUUUGGCAUACGGGGAUUCGAGGACUGGCACCCGGAGCUGACGGAAGACGUCGAUGUUCCCAACCUGUGGAACUUUCUGCCUUUGAAUAGGUAG